CUUACGCAUGCGUGCUACGUUUCAGUACAUGUGCGUUGCUGUUUUUUUGCUUUUAAGUUUGAGAAAUAGUCAGUCAUGGAAUCGAAUGCACCCAGCACGAUAUACCCCUAUAUAUAUGGUUAUCUUGUUGAACAGAAACUUGACAAGGCUGCAAAAUGGUUCCAACAAGAGACUGGGACACAUUUACCAGAUCCAGACCAGCCUUCCAUGAUGGAUUUUUAUCAAGCUUGGGAGACGUCGCCAAUGCGAAAGCGAAAGCUAGUUGAAUUAUCUCCGCAAAGUGGUAAGAAAUUCAAAAAGUCAAAAAGCAUUAGUGUUAAAAAAGCCAAACCUGGAAUUGAAAAAGAAAAAGUGAAAAAACUGAAAUCUGGAAAAAAAGAUACUGAGAGUAGUUCAAGCAGUGAAGAUAGUUCAUCAAACUCAGAAAAUGAGAACAAGAAUAAAGUCAAGGAUAGUAGUGCAAAAAAAAAGAGAAAAAAAGAAAGUUCUAGCUCAAGUAGUGAUACCAGCUCCAGUGAGGAAGACGCAAAACCACCAGUCACUAAAAAGCCUGCUGGAAAGAAGAAAGUGUUGACUAAAAAAGCUGUUUUGAAAAAAAAGCCAACUUCUGAUGAUUCUAGUUCCGAUGAAGAGGAAACCAAUAAUAAGAAAAGAGUGAAAAAAACAAGUUUAUCUUCAAAGAAGAUCACAGUAAAAUCAGAAACAAAAACAACUGGAACACCAGCAACAAAGAAACCAAGUGCUACAUCAUCUUCGUCAUCAAGUUCAGACAGUAGUUCUGAAGAUGAAAAAAAAGAUAAAAAAACACCUAGUAAGAAACCUGAUACAAAGAGUCCUGCUACAAAUAUGGUUGCUAAGAAACCAGCCAAGGAAUCAUCUUCAUCAUCAUCAGAGUCUGACAGUAGUUCUGAAGAUGAAAAAGAAGUUAAAAAGACACCCAGUAAGGCCCCCAAUAAACAAUCUAGUAAGAAACCUGAUGCAAAGAGUCCUGCUACAAAUCUGGUUACUAAGAAACCAGCUGAGGGAUCAUCAUCAUCCGAGUCUGACAGUAGUUCUGAAGAUGAAAAAGAAGUUAAAAAGACACCCAGUAAGGCCCCCAAUAAACAAUCUAGUAAGAAACCUGAUGCAAAGAGUCCUGCUACAAAUCUGGUUACUAAGAAACCAGCCGAGGAAUCAUCUUCAUCAUCAUCAUCAUCCGAGUCUGACAGUAGUUCUGAAGAUGAAAAAGAAGUUAAAAAGACACCCAGUAAGGCCCCCAAUAAACAAUCUAGUAAGAAACCUGAUGCAAAGAGUCCUGCUACAAAUCUGGUUACUAAGAAACCAGCCGAGGAAUCAUCUUCAUCAUCAUCAUCAUCCGAGUCUGACAGUAGUUCUGAAGAUGAAAAAGAAGUUAAAAAGACACCCAGUAAGGCCCCCAAUAAACAAUCUAGUAAGAAACCUGAUGCAAAGAGUCCUGCUACAAAUCUGGUUACUAAGAAACGAGCCGAGGAAUCAUCUUCAUCAUCAUCAUCAUCCGAGUCUGACAGUAGUUCUGAAGAUGAAAAAGAAGUUAAAAAGACGCCAAGUAAGGCACCUAAUAAACAAUCUAGUAAGAAACCUGAUGCAAAGAGUCCUGCUACAAAUCUGGUUGCUAAGAAACUAGCCAAGGAAUCAUCUUCAUCAUCAGAGUCAGAGUCUGACAGUAGUUCUGAAGAUGAAGAAGAAGUUAAAAAGACACCCAGUAAGGCACCUAAUAAACAUUCUAGUAAGAAACCUGAUGCAAAAAGUCCUGCUACAAAUCUGGUUGCUAAGAAACCAGCCAAGGAAUCAUCUUCAUCAUCAUCAUCCGAGUCUGACAGUAGUUCUGAAGAUGAAAAAGUUAAAAAGACACCCAGUAAGGCACCUAAUAAACAAUCUAGUAAGAAACCUGAUGCAAAGAGUCCUGCUACAAAUCUGGUUGCUAAGAAACCAGCCAAGGAAUCAUCUUCAUCAUCAUCAUCCGAGUCUGACAGUAGUUCUGAAGAUGAAAAAGAAGUUAAAAAGACACCCAGUAAGGCCCCCAAUAAACAAUCUAGUAAGAAACCUGAUGCAAAGAGUCCUGCUACAAAUAUAGUUGCUAAGAAACCAGCCAAUGAAUCUUCAUCAUCAUCAUCAUCAUCAGAGUCUGACAGUAGUUCUGAUGAUGAAAAAGUUAAAAAGACACCUAGUAAGGCCCCUAAUAAACAACCCUGUAAGAAAACUGUUACAAGUCCUGCUACAAAUCUAGUUAAGAAACCAGUCAAAGAAUCAUCUUCAUCGUCAUCUGAGUCGGACAGCUGUUCUGAGGAUGAAAAAGUUGAAAAAAAGCCACCAAUUAAGGCUCCUGUAAAGACUCCUAAUAAACAACCUAUUGUGAAAGCUGGCACAAAAAGUCCUGGUACAAAUCUGGUUGCUAAGAAAGCAGCCAAAGAAUCGUCAUCCUCAUCUUCAUCUGAGUCGGAAAGUAGUUCUGAGGAUGAAAAGAAAGAAGUUAAACUGCCAGUAACUGCAACUGAAAAAAAGCUGCCCCAAAAAAGUUACAUUGAAGAAAGAUCAAAGUAGUUCGGAAGAAUCAAGUUCUUCAGAAUCUGAAGAAGAGAAACAGAUACCCAAGAAAAUUUCACAGCCGAUGAAAGUCAAUGGAAAACCGAUGGAGUCAAGUGACAGUAGCAGCUCUGAUUCUAGUAGUGACAGUAGUUCUGAAGAGGACAAUCAAGUCAAAUCAACCCCUAAAAUGAAAAUUGUAAAUAAGAAUAAUAUUGUUAGCAAUCAUCUUAUAAAGAAAGACAAAACAAAACCAUCACCAGCUAAAAGAAAAAAAGAAAAAAGUUCAUCAUCUAGUGAGUCUGACAGUAGUAGCUCUCAGUCAGAUGAAGAGGAAGAACUCAAGACUCCUGUCGUGAACGGGAAAAAGAAAUCUAAGAAAGACAUGAAAACUCCCCCAGCAAAAAGUGACAAAAUUGUAACAAAGACCCCAUCCACAGUGCCUCAGACUAAGAAAAAACAAAAGGAAAAAGUACAACUCCAUUCAAACGUGUUGAUGAGAAUAAUGUGGAGGUCGAUUAUCGAUUGGCAGACAACUCAUUUGAAGCUAAGAAAGGAGCAUUUGGUUCAUGGGGAGAGAAAGCUAACAAAGAUUUGAAGAACACAAGAGGAAAGUCAUUUAGACAUG